UACCCACUUUUUCUAGUGUCAGGUGAUAGCGAAAUUUUUCCGGCGGCGUGUAGACAUUACCAGACUAGAAUUACCUCUCAGCGAACAAGCACGAGAAAAUCUUCCAAGAAUCCAGGCUACUUCACGUUCCAUCUGCACGUGCUGAAUAGUAUAUGCUAUGCAGCCAGUAGUGCAUCACGUUGAGAUGUGCUGUCGUGAUGGGAGAAGUACACUAGCAUCACUCAAAAAUUAUGGGUUUAGACUUCACGCAGAGCGUGUUACACAUUUCUGCAAGCAAUGGGUCUUCAAAGUGGGGGAUGUUUUCUUCGUAAUCACCGAAAGACAAGAGAAUUAUGCAAAGCAUAGCAUAUGGAGGGAAAAUACAGUUCGAGCUGAGCCUUUUACAGUAAUGUGUUGCGAAGACAAGAGUACUCAUGAAGUGGAUACUGUUUUCAACGUGGCUCUUUCCGUAAAAAAUGUGAAACAUGUUACAAGAAGAGUUAGGUCCCUUGGAGCUUCAGUAAUUCAGCCACCAACAUCAGUCAAAGAUGAAAACGGUUAUGUUACUUACUCUAUUAUUCGUUCCUGCUGCGGUAAUGUCGUGCACACGUUAAUUAAUAAAGAUGAUUAUAGAGGGCAUUUUUUGCCUGGAUUUGAAACUGUACAUACUAUUAUUGAAGAUUCCUGUGUGACUACAGGGGUCACGCAUAUAGAUCACGUAACGUUAGCUUGCUUUCCUGGUGAUUCCUCGAGUGUUAUAAGUUGGUAUGAGUCUUGUUUUGGAAUGCAACGUUUUAGCAUCAGCAGGUAAGUUUUCAUUUUUUAC